CCCUCCCCUUCAUCAAGACGCACAAGACUCUGAACCAAAGGAUAUCUUGGCCUCCCUACAGAAGCUGAUUAUUCGGAUCUAUGUAAUGAUUUAUCCCACACCAUGAUCCCAUAUUGAUACGAAACUUAAAAAGAUUUAGACAACAAGUGGAUAGAUUUGUUCAGGGACAUCUGCGUUGGCGUCAAACAUGCGCAAAAAUUCACGCUAUCAAAGCAGAGAAUCACCGUAAACGGAAUGAUCGUUUCUCACGUGAAGUCACCCUGAUUGUUUGUUUUUAAAGGAAGCGACAAGCAUAUCGACUCCGAAAAUAUCCGCAACCAAGAGAAAGAAGUGGGAACGAACGCUGACAUCCACAGAAUAUCUGGAAAUACGGUGUCCUGAGCCAUGGGGGCCUUCUUGGACAAACCGAAGACCGAGAAACACAAUGCUCAUGGGGCGGGCAACGGUCUGCUCUUUGGCCUGAGUAGCAUGCAGGGCUGGCGGGUAGAGAUGGAGGAUGCACACACGGCCGCAGUGGGUCUGCCUCACGGCCUGGACGACUGGUCCUUCUUCGCGGUGUACGACGGUCACGCUGGCUCCCGCGUGGCCAACUAUUGCUCCAAACACCUGCUGGAGCACAUCAUAACCAGCAGCGAGGACUUCCGUUCUGGCCCCGACUCCGUGGAGGGUGUUAAAGUCGGCAUUCGUUCUGGCUUCCUGAAGAUCGACGAGUACAUGCGCAACUUCUCGGAUCUACGUAACGGUAUGGACCGUAGUGGCUCCACAGCGGUUGGCGUACUGGUGUCCCCUGAGCACCUCUAUUUCAUCAACUGCGGAGACUCGCGUGCCGUGCUAAGCCGUGCCGGACAGGUCCGGUUCUCCACACAAGACCACAAGCCGUGCAAUCCACGUGAGAAAGAGCGCAUUCAGAACGCAGGAGGUUCUGUGAUGAUCCAAAGGGUGAAUGGUUCUCUGGCAGUGUCGCGCGCACUGGGGGACUAUGACUACAAGUGUGUGGAUGGAAAGGGCCCCACUGAGCAGCUGGUAUCUCCGGAGCCGGAGGUGUACGAAAUUCCACGCGUUUCAGAAGAGGAUGAAUUUGUGGUGCUCGCCUGCGAUGGUAUCUGGGAUGUGAUGACUAAUGAGGAGCUGUGUGAUUUUGUACGCUCUCGGCUGGAGGUGUGGGAUGAUUUGGAGAAGAUCUGCAACUCUGUGGUGGACACCUGUUUACAUAAGGGAAGCCGAGACAACAUGAGUGUUGUUCUAGUAUGUUUCCCCAAUGCACCGAAGGUAUCAGAGGAGGCUGUCAAGAGAGAAGCCGAGUUGGACAAGUUCCUGGAGGCUCGUGUGGAAGAAAUCAUGGAGAAGUCAGGGGAGGAAGGCAUCCCAGAUCUAAGCCACAUCAUGCAUAACCUUCGCCCUGAGAGCAUCCUCAACCUGCCACCAGGAGGUGGUCUCGCUAGCAAACGUAGUGUAAUUGAAGCUGUUUACAACAGGCUAAACCCACACAGAGAAGAAGAUGGGAGCGGAGGUGACCUGGACGACCCCUGGUAGCCGGAGCAGCCGACGGCUUCUGAAUCCACAUGAGAAUGUCCUUGGUUCACACAAGAAAACCCUUGCUCACACACUUUUUUUGGUUUCGAUUCGGAGAGCGUCAUAGGAAAUGUUAAACAACGAGUCUGGGAAUACAUACGCUUGUUUUUAAAGAUGAGAAAACUACAAAAAUGUUAAGAUGAUUUUUUUUCUUUUUUUUUUAGAACUGCAUUGUAUGGUAGAGAGAUUUAUUUUUACUCCCCUCCCCAUCCCCCCCUCCUGAAAUCUGUGUCGAUUACGAGCAGUGACGAGACUGCUUGAGCAAAAGUUGCUGGAUGCUAAUUUGGAGGCAUGAACUCAGCUGGAGGAGGACGGGGCCAGCGAGCUCUGAGAGGGACAGGGACCCUCGUUCAGAAGGCUCACUUUUAACCCCUUCACACCACGCAUGUGCAGCUUUUUUGGAGGCAUGAUCUCUGCCACCCUCUAAUUUUACCCUGCGACUCUUACCCGACCAGCUGGACAGCAGCCACUGAAAUAUAAUGUAUCUGUUGUGGAUUUUUCUUUUUCUCUUUUUGGGGCAGAGGCGAAUUUCUUCUUGUGUCAUUCAUUUUGGUGCUUGCUGUUUAACACGAAAAUGUAAAAAAAUAAAAUAAAAGGACACUCAUUUUGACGGCAGGAGAUUAUGGCAAACCCCGAUUGGAGAGAACUUUAUUUGGAGGAACUUUUCAUGGUGACUUGCUUUUAGUCGCCCCAGAGACAGUACAUCAAAACUGAACUCGUCUUCUUCUGCUCCGUACUCUUCAUCCCCAGCUCUCUCCCCACUGAGUUUCUCCCAUCAGCUUGAGUUCUGGUUUGUGGUUUUCUCUAACAAAAUUCUUGAAUUUAGAAUAGUUUCCCCCUCUAUCAUUUUAAUUUUUUCUUUUUAUUACAGAUUAUAUGGCGUAAUUGGUAUUGUUUGAUUGCACUCACAUUUGCUUACGAAAAACAAAAAAUACUAAAAACUAUAUGAAAGAGAAACUAUGAGAAGGUAGAGUAUUUCUAAAGUGAAACUGCAGAAAUAUGUAUGUGUAUAUAGCUAUAUAUUUUUUUUUUCUCCUUUAACAGCAGAGUGAAAGAGUGGGAGGGGAUGCUCUCUCCUCAGACUGGCUGAUAGGUACUUGAAUAUUCAUUAUGAGUGGUUCUGAUUUUUAAACAAAUUUUUUGCUAAUCCUUAAUGUAGGAUUGUUUUUGAACCGUGCCUGUAAAAGGUGAACCAUGCUGUAAGGGUGUACUUACAGGACAGUCGGCUAUGGAUGAAUGUACCCCUUAUUCACACUGAUACACAUAUACCUUCACGCACCCAUUUGUACAUGCUCAUGCAUAACACUUUCAUAUGUACAUUUAUCGUUUGAUCAGCUUCAUCGUAUACGUUCACGUUCUUACUCCAUUUACUUCACCUAAGUUUUUUCUGCACUCUACAUCUGACACAGACAGACAUGCUUUGGAGGCCUUCUUUUCUUCCUCCCUUUUUUGUUUUUUAUUCAUCGACUUCACCUGCUCUGGUGUGUAGCUUUAAAAUGAGUGUGUAAUUGAAUUUUAUGAGAUGAUUGUUUAUGUAUGUAUAUAUAUUUUUGCAGUUUUCCCCUCUUCUGGUACACAUAAUUUGUAGCCAUAUGCUGGAAAGCUUCAUUUUAAGAUGAAUAGAUUGAGUCUGUUUCCAGUUUGAGAUGGUAAAGAGAUAUAUUUUGUGCUGUGAGUGCUCAAGGACAUUCAUUUGCGUUGUGUAUAUCAACAAUUAUUGUUGAAUAAUUAGAAUUGAAACAAAGUAUUUUAUUUAUUCCAAGUCUGUUGGCUUGAGAAGAGAGGGUUUCACCGGAGGGGGAAACUACUGUCCCUUGUAUUUUAGAGAGUGUGAUCAAAUUCUCUUGCUCUCACGUCCUUCCUCUAUUUCUCUCUGAUUCUUUCUAACCACCCGACAAGCCCAUGUAAUGAACGUCCCCAGUACGAUGUUGUGAUGUUUCAGUAGCAAACAGUGAAUAUGAUCUCUUCUCCUCAAUAAAGGAUUGCUAAAGUUUGAUGUUAACACAA